AAAAAGUCCGAGACUGUCAUACUGUGUUGAAAAGUGUCGAUGGUGGUAAAUCCAACCUGGAUACAAUGUCGAAUCCCAGUGGAUCGCUGAGAAAAAGUCAAGAUGAAGAAAAUGAGAUGACACAAUGUCACAGACCAGAAUUGCUAAAUUACACCCACAGUGUGGCAAUGAAUGAAAUUGACCGCAUGAACAGAGACCUGAACAGUCUGAAGGAAGUCAUGAUCAAACACAGUGUGCGCUGUCAUAUGUUGGAAGUUGACCUGGCCACACAGUUCAGUCCGGACCUGCAAGCAGCUCUUCGGUCAACAGAAAAGGAUUGCAUCAGAUGUAGAGAAGCUCUGCAAUGUGACAAUGACCAACAACCAUCCAUGUUAUCUAGCAAUGGAGAGGAACAAGUACAAGUAACAGACCAGUAAUGAGUCAGAUUGUUUGUUUUGACAGGACAAUUAUUUAAAUAUUCAAAACCCUGAUUUGUAUUGUUGUAUCAUAAAUGGAAGUGUACUAUGGUUUUUAACAACAUGUAACACCUUGCUUUGUGUUCAAUAAAUGUGCAAGAAGCACUGUCCAAA